ACCGAAUACAAUUUGCCAGCAUCUCGUCAAGGCCGCGCUGCAGUUGGAUAUAAAUUGUAAUUAGAGAAGUGACCGAAAAGUUUUCUGGCAUAGCUGCCAAGUGGAAAAUAAAAGCGAAGCGGGACUCACCCGCUCACCAUUUAUUGCGCUCGGGUAUACGUUUUUUUCGAUUCGUUUUGUUUUUGUUUUGGCAACUAGUAGACGCAUCAACGGAGCGAAAUGCCAGCGGGACGCGUGGCUGGCAAGGCCGGUUACUCCAAUCACUAUUAUAACGGGCGCUCGUAUGUGGGCAUUAACGAGGAAAUAAUGUGGGUCAGCAUUGGCAUGGGCGUGACCAUUGCCCUACUCAUUACAAUCGCCCUGUGCUACAUCGCGAGGGAGAAGUGCCAGAAACGUCAGCGCGAAUAUUACGUGACGGCAUAGUUAAUGUAUGCAGCUAGCCACAAAUGCAUUCUCCAGAUGGACGUGGAUGUGGACGUAGGUAGGGAGCGCCGCUUGUCAAUUACAGCAGCCAUGACAGCAACGUCCCAAGCAGAAGCGCAGCACGAGCCCAAGCCCAAGCCCGAUCUUGACCCCGAUCCCGAAGCAAACCCGAAGCCGGAACAGGAGCACGCACAGGAGCAGGAGCAGGAGAGGGAGCGGGAGCCGGAGCCAGCUGUUACCAUCAUGAACUGGACUGUUGUUGACAUUUGCGGCGCUCGCAGUUGGGGCUAAGCCAACGGGAAACAUAACCCACCAUUCAAAGCAAACACCCACAAGAGCACAUAAACACACACAAACACACGAAAAUAUAUAUGCAUGGCACAGACGGCUGUCAUAGGCAGCCCCUUACAUGUGUUUAUUUGAAAUUUUUUUUGUAGUCAAAGAAGUUGU